AUGAUGAUCGUUGCCACCGACUACUUUGCUAAAUGGAUCGAGGCCGAAGCUCUAUCCUCUACUAAAGAAGCCGAUGUGGAGCGAUUCGUCUGGAGAAAUAUCAUCUGCCGGUUCGGCUGCCCACAAUCGUUGGUCACUGACAAUGGCUCACAGUUCAUUGGCAAGCAGAUCACCGCCUUCUUUGCGAAAUACAAGAUCAAGCAACACCUGUCCACUCCAAGGUAUCCACAAGGAAAUGGGCAGGCCGAGGCAUCCAACAAAGUCAUAUUAGACUGCUUGAAGAAAAGGCUAGAAGGCGUCGAAGGGAAAUGGGUGGACGAACUCCCCGGAGUACUAUGGGCUUAUCGCACCACCAAACGAAGGUCGAUUGGCGAAACCCCAUUUUCCCUUGCCUAUAGAACUGAAGCGAUCAUUCCUCCUCACGUCACUGUCCCCUCUAUAGGCAUUGAAGUCGGCAAUAUAGAGCAAAACUCCGAGCAGAUGAGACUCAACCUUGACUUACUUAAAGGCGAGCGCGAGAAGGCCAUUAUCCGAGUCGACUCCUAUCAACAGCGGUUGAAGUCCUACUACGACAAAAGAGCUAAGAUCAUACAGUUUCAACCUGGCGACCUUGUGCUAAGAAAGGCCUUCAUCACUGCACAAAGACAAGGGUCUAAGAAAAUGAAACCCAAUUGGGAAGGCCCUUAUGUGAUCAGCCGGUCCAGGGGCAGAGGAAGCUACACGCUGGACACCGUGGAUGGGAAGGAAAUACCACGGCAAUGGAAUGCCUACCAUCUCCGAAAGUAUUAUCCCGUCCUUCGGGAGACGCAGGGCAACGACCAGAAGCGUCCUUCGGGAGACGCAGCCCAUAAAAGCGUCCUAAGGGAGACGCAGGGUGCGCCAGGAAUUUCCUAA